AUGACUAUAGAAAAAAUGCAUCGACUAUAUUCUAAAGAAGUUCCUAAUCCUUCUAAGAUAGCCGUUAUAGCAGCAGUAACCAAUCCCAGAUUUAAAAUGAGAUGGUUGAGUGCCUUCAAAGAUAAUAAUGUUCAAGUAACCUCAAAAGAUAUUCAAUCUUGGAUAUCGAGUAUUGUUUUGGCCUUUAAAGUAUCAGUUGAACCCGACUUGACAGCCCAAGAAGACCUUGAAGACGUUUUUUUUUAUUUUAAGGAUAAUCCGAGUUUUGGGCGAAGACCAGUUCCUGAUCAUACCACUCUUUUGACAAAUGAUUUUAAAGGACAUGAACAUUAUAUUUCCAGCAUUUUAAAUAAUGCUGUUCAGUCACCACUAAUGAUGGAAUUGUAUUCUUUUAAAGUUAGUUUUAAAUAUAACUGUUGUGAACAAUUGUAUAUUAAACUUUUUGAAAACAAUGAAGAACCAAUAGUUUUAUCAAUACAGCAGUCAAAAGCAUAGUUUGAUCAGAGAAAAUUUCGUGUUACUGGAUCACGAGUUUAUGGUUUGUAUACCUAUUCUGGAAACGACUGGGAAAACAAAUCCAUAAAGUAUUUUUAUCCGAUUUUUAUCCAAAUUUUACGAAUAAAUUUAUUAAACAUGGAAUUAAAUAUGAAGCUGAGGCUAGAGAUGUUUUCAAGGAGAAAACUGGCUUCAUGGUUACAGGAUGUAGGUUAUUAAUUUUACAUUCUAAUCCUUGGCUCGGAUACUCCCGUGAUGGGAUUAUAAUGAAGGAAGAUAAACCUGUAGCUUUAUUAGAAAUUAAAUGCUUAUACAAUGAUAGUUCAGCUACAAUUAACGAAAUACUUCCAAAGGCAGCAUUUUUGAAUGAAAGUCAUGACUCUUUUAAACUGAAAAAAAGACAUCAAUAUUAUGGCCAUAUACAGUUGGGUAUGGCUAUGUUAAAUUUGCCAAAAUGUUAUUUUGUAGUAUAUGCCUCAUUUGACAAAUCAUUACAAAUAUUUGAAGUAGAUUUUGACUAUGAAUUUACCAAAGAAAUGUUAUUUACUGUCAAAUAUAAUUUUUUUCAAAAAAUAAUUCACAAUUUGUGUGCUAACAUAUAAAUAAAUAUUAUUUAUAAAUAUUUAGUUAAUAAAGUGUAUAUUUUUUAUAAUUUUAAUCUUAUUAGUUUUUCCCUUCCAUUUAAAUUUACAUAAAAACAUUCUAGCCUCAUUUUCUGUAUAUUUUAAAAGUAUUACAAAUUUUACCAAAUACAGAAAAACCAAACUUAAAAUCACAUUACAUAGAGAUCAUAAUUACAAAU